UAGUCGUGUGGGAAGCUCGGUGAAUGCGGCUGCAAAAGGAGCCAGCACACUUGCGCGCCUGACACGGAUACUGUUCUGUCUCACAGGAGGUGUGUGUGUGUGGGGGGGGGAGAGAGACCACAAGCUCGCUUUCCUUUUCUUUUUAACUCCCUCCAUUUCCUCCAACUGGAUAUUUUUUUAGGGGGGGCUUUAAAAAAUCCCCACAUACAUUCCUGCUACAAGUUUUUUUUCUUCUUCCUGUGGACCGAUGGAUGCGCGGAGUUUCCAGCUCCUCACUUGCACCGCAGCGGACUAAAAGGCUGAAUAACUGCAUUAUUCAUUUUUUUUACGCACCGGUUUCUCUUGACUUGUCUCUCUAGUUUCUCUCUGUGCUUGCAUUUUGACAUCCUUCCUGUUUCUUUCCUUUUUUUUGAAAGAAAGAAAAAUCCCUCCCAUUGGAUGGAUACUGUAAUGAGCAUCUCUUCUGCUGCCGCCUGAAAAUAAACUGCUCGGGAAAAAGCAACUGGUUUUUUUUGUUGUUUUUUUUUGCAACGGGGGUCCGGGCAAAGUCCUGGAUUUUAAUGCUGCCUCGAUGGAACAUAUUACACCAACACGCCAAACCUGAUGGGAGCGUUUCGGCCGCUUUUGCCCUCUGAAGCAUUGCCACCGUGCGCAACUUCGCUCGAAACAGACCAGUAUUUAUUCAUUGGAUCGUUGGGGGGUUGUUGAGCCGAGCUGAAGCCAGAAGCAGUGUUGGCCGUCCUCUCUCUCUCUCUCUCUCUCUCUCUCUCUCUCUCUCUCUCUCUCCAAUUUUUCUUUUCACCUCUGCUCAUCCUCCUGCUGUAAAAAAAAAAAAAAAAAAAGCUCCAAGAAUGACAGACUUAUUUCUCCGCAUCACCGACCGCCUUGCGCCUUUUUUCACGCCUUGGAGUCGCCGGACGCGCUGUCAAGAUCUCUAAAAAGCUGUCUCCCUUUUUGUCUCUCUCUCAGUCUUUCCCAAUCUAUCUCUCCCCCUUCCUCUGUCACUGUCUCUCUCUCGCUCUCUUUCCCUCUCCUGCAACCAAAUGAAUGCUCUCCCAUGGAGGUAGUACAACCACCUUGGGGACCGAACGACCAGAGGGGUGAUUUUUCCAAGCAAGAGGAGCCUGUCAGCAAGAGACGCAUCGGGUGAAAUCGGAGCCCCCCCCCCCCACCUCUCCUCCUCCUCCUCUACCUCCAUCUCCACCGCACCCCCGCCAGUUUGCUUGGCUCGGGUUGACAUACAGUAGCCUACAUGGGGCUAUAGGGGGCUGGAGAAACCUUGUUGCGCCCCUGUAACUGUACGCGUUCUACUUAAGCUGCUGGGACGACUGUUUGUCUCCAUCCAUGUCUCACCAAUGCUGCCCCGUGUCUCCAGAGGGAGCCGCACUCAUUACCGACUCAGCUUUGGCAAUGGGCAGAGUCCCAAUUCUUCAUCUUCCCCUUUGCUCUCACAGCUGCUUUCCUAAAUAACCUCAAUGUGCCGCUCAGUGGUGGUGGUGGUGGUGCGGCUGCUGCUGGCUUCAAAUGAAACCCCUUAAAAAAAAGAAAAAGAGAAAAAUGCAGCGGUUUGACUUUGAUUAUAUGGAAUACGCUGAGAGGUGAAGAAUAACAGUCGUGCUGCUGUCUUAGAUGGUUUCAAGGACGAUGCUUCAUGCUUUGACAUGCAGAAAUAAGACACAUAGAUGUGCAGCAGUUCACGGGUUUGAGUAAUUUCCGAAUAGUCUGCAUCAAACAUGUGUGCUGUCCAAAUCAUUAGGGCGAAUCACUGUUUCAAAGCCAAAGCUACUCACUGCGAUGAUUCCGAUAAAAGAAAAAGUGCAACGGUUAGAAAUGUGCACCAUUGGCAUAGUGAUUGGCUUAGUUAUAUUUACAGGAAGAACUCAUAAUGCAAUCCUUGGGAGAAAUGUUAAAAAAUGGAUUCAAUAUUGCAAUUUCAGUAUGAUCAAUAUCAAACAUGCAUUUUUUGAUGGUUUGCUUUCUGUCUGUGUGUGUGUGUGUGUGUGUGUGUGUGUGUGUGUGUGUGUGUGCGUGCACGCGUGCUUCUUUGGACUUGUUUGCACAUACCUACGCCUGUGUGUGUGAACGUUUGUGCAUGCAUCUGUCCUCUUUUUUUUCUCUCCAAAAGGUUACUAAAUGGUUUUCUGGGGGAGGAUUUCUAACCGGCGAGAUGCUGCUCGUACUCCUGCUGGCAGCCUUUUCUUCCUCCAUCUCCGGCUCCUUCUCCUCCUCCCUCUCUUCCCCCUCUGCGUCGGACGGACCCCAGAUGGUGGACCCGUCCUUCUCGGACUUGAUGGCUGAGACCUGCAGCGCCUGCUCCUGCAUGUCCAUGGAGAACGUGCUGUACGCCAACUGCGAGAAGGUCACCGUCUACCGGCCCACGCAGCUCAUCCCGCCGGCCUCGUCCCUGUACCACCUGAACUUCCAGAACAACUUUUUGAUCAUACUCUACCCAAACUCGUUCCUCAACUUCACCCACGCUGUGUCACUGCAGCUGGGGAACAAUAAACUGCAGAACAUCGAGGGCGGAGCGUUCAUGGGGAUGAGCGCGUUGAAACAGCUGCACCUGAACAACAACGAGUUAAAGGUGCUGAGAGCGGACACUUUCCAAGGGAUAGAAAACUUGGAAUACCUUCAGGCUGACUACAACUUAAUCAAAUACAUUGAAAAGGGAGCAUUUAACAAACUGCACAGGCUUAAGGUGCUCAUUCUGAACGAUAAUCUCAUACAGUUACUUCCUGACAACAUAUUUCGCUUUGCCUCACUCACACACCUGGAUAUAAGGGGGAACAGGAUCCAGAAGCUUCCUUAUUUGGGGGUUCUGGAGCAUAUCGGGCGUAUUGUAGAGCUACAGCUGGAUGACAAUCCCUGGAACUGUACCUGUGAUUUAGCGCCUCUCAAGGCAUGGCUUGAAAACAUGCCGUAUAACAUUUUUAUCGGCGAGGCCAUAUGUGAAACACCAAUUGACUUGUACGGCCGGCUCCUGAAAGAAACCAACAAACAGGAGCUUUGUCCCAUGGGCACAGGAAGUGACUUUGAUGUUAGGAUGCCUCCGCCCGAUAAUGGGCAGACGCCCUCCAAAAUGUCCCCAACCACUGUGUCCCCCCUGGCCACAAAAGCGUCAAAAACCACUGACUCAUCCAAGAUUUACGGUAAUGGUAUUGUGGCCGGUUUACCCCCUUUUGGAAGAAAUAGCCAGAUUGUAUCUUUUCAGACCCCUCCGUUGUUGUGUCCACAGCUCUGCAGCUGUAAAGCCCACCCUUCUGACUUUGGCAUCAGUGUCAGCUGUCAGGAGAGGAGUAUUAAAAGUUUAGGUGAUCUCCUUCCCAAACCCCCAAAUGCCAAGAAGCUUCACCUGAGUGGAAAUUACAUCCGUGACAUAAGCCCGGCUGAUUUCCAAGGGUUUGAGGGCUUAGAUUUGCUACAUCUUGGCAGCAAUCAAAUUGUCACAGUCCAGAAAAGUGUGUUUUCGAACCUCACUAAUCUGAGGAGACUGUAUUUGAAUGGGAACCAACUUGAGCAGUUACACCCAGAGAUGUUUUUGGGCCUCACAAACUUACAGUACCUAUAUUUGGAAUACAAUGCCAUAAAAGAAAUCUUAGCGGGUACAUUUGACUCCAUGCCGAACCUCCAACUCCUGUAUCUCAACAACAACGUCCUGCGGAGUCUCCCUGCCUACGUGUUUGCGGGUGUCUCUUUAGCCAGACUCAAUCUGAAAAACAAUCACUUCAUGACCCUACCAGUGAGUGGGGUCUUGGACCAGCUGCGAUCCCUGACCCAGAUAGACCUGGAAGGGAACCCCUGGGAGUGUUCCUGCGAUCUUGUCGCCCUCAAACUCUGGCUAGAGAAGCUAAGUGAUGGAGUGGCUGUCAAAGAGGUGAAAUGUGCCUCCCCUGUGCAGUUCUCCAACAUUGAGCUGCGCCUCUUGAAAAAUGAGAUCCUGUGUCCCAAGCUUGUGGCGAGACCGCCGUUUAUUCUCACCGGUGCCACCCCUGUUUUAACUUCGGUGUCGCCCGCUGGAGUUGGCAAAGCACCACCAGGAGGGCCCGUGCCUCUAUCCAUCAUGAUCCUCAGCAUCCUCGUGGUGCUUAUCCUCACUGUGUUCGUGGCCUUCUGCCUUCUAGUCUUUGUCCUGAGGCGGAAUAAAAAACCGGUGGGCAGGCAGGAGGGGCUCGGGAAUCAGGAGUGCGGCUCCAUGUCGUUGCAGCUCCACAGACACAGUCACAAAUCUGGCAAAAAGGGCUCCAUCCCGGGAGACGACCUGGGAGGCGAGACGUUCAUCCCGCAGACCAUCGAGCACAUCGGCAAGAGCCACACCUGUGGGAUCGGACGGUCCUCAGACAUGGACGCCGGGUUUAAGUUUGCAGACUCGCAGAGGCAGAAGAUCAUCCUCCGGAACAGCGCCGACAAAGACAAGGACUCGCUCUCCACCCUAGAGCGCAACAAACGCCUCAGCACCAUCGACGAGCUGGAAGAGUUCCUCCCCCACCGCGAGCCCAGCAUGUUCAUCCAGAACUUCCUGGACAGCAAGAGAGAUUUCAACAGUAUAGGGAUGGGCGGCUACGAGAUCCGCUACCCGGAGAAAACUCUGGAUAAAAAGAUGAAGAAGUCGUCGCUGAUAGGCGGGAACCACAGUAAGAUCGUGGUGGAGCAGAGGAAAAGUGAGUAUUACGAGCUGAAGGCCAAGCUCCAAGGAACACCUGAUUACCUGCAGGUGCUCGAGGAGCAGACUGCGCUGAGUAAAAUGUAGGGAUUGUUGUGUUGGGUUUAGUGCAUUGAUUACACACACACAGAGGGAAGUUAGACACAUACAGGCAGACAGACAGCCAAACACAUCUGCCUUUCCCUACACCCCCCCCUGCCCACACACACCAUUCAGCCCCCCAGAUUGCUCACUCUCUGUCUUCAUCUCCCUCUCUGCAGCCACACACAUGCAUACACACACAUACACACAGAGAAAAAGUGCCUUCUGGAAAUCCUUAAUGACCAAUGCGGAGAUGGACAAAAUGGCUCCACACUACAAAAGCUAUUACUAGAAUCGGCGUGGAUCUAUUUCACAGUAAAAGACCUUUCGGAUUAUCCAUGCCACCACAUGUAUGAAUCCCACAUACAUAUACCACAGGACACCCUAAAAAGCAACCAGACAGUCAUAUUAUACAUUUUUUGUUGUUGUUGCUGCUAUUGAAAUGGGUACUUAUCUUCUUAAUUUUUGUUGUUGUUCUUGUUAUUUUUUUCUCCUCUUCCUCUUGUUUUUCCCAACCAAAUCAAAAGGGUCUUGAAAACAGUGCUUGAGAAUAUACCUCGCCGUCUUCAACCCCUCGUUGUUUAAAGAGAGAGAGAGAGAAAAGAGGGCACAUCGGUUGUUGUUCUUUUUGCUCUGGAAAGUAUCCAAAAUCACCUUUUCUGGGAUGAGAUUAACAGAGUUGGUGACUCAAUGGAUGCUACUUCUUUUUUUUUUGUAUUUGCGGGGAUAUGUGUUUGUUCUUGGGGAUGCUCUCUGGAGUCGGAGGCAGACUCUCUGCCACCUUGUCUGGAUUACACACCAGUAGCAGUACACCUGCUCCCAUUUAGGCGCUACGAAACUCUUAUUUUUGUGAGGGGGAAUGAUUUCAUGACUUGUUCUCUUUGUGUAAGGAGCCAUGUUAAAUAUAGUGUCUUCUGAAUGGAGUUGUGUUUCUCUUCAAAGUUGCUACUUACAGUUCCUGUAUGUUUUGGGUGAAAUCUAACGGCACACACACUGUCAGAGGACGUUGUUUCUGAAAAAUGAUAAAAACCCAAGGAUGAAAAAAAAAAAAAUAAUAAUUACAAAGCUGCUUGCCAUGUAAGCGUAACCUGGAAUUUAUUUUGUAAGUCUUACAUUAUUUGUAUCUGUGGGACUGGUUUGUAAAUUACAAGGAAGGACACACAUCUACACGCACACACAGGCACACACACACACACUGUACGACGGAGCAUCAUCAUCAAGAGACUACAAGCCAGAAUUGUCAAACUAUAAGUCAACCGGUGAUCCACCUCCUCUUGUCAACUCUCAAUUCGUAGUGAAAGAAUUUAACAACAUAGUUAAUUUAUUUUUCUAUGCGGGAAUUAUUUAAAGAGUUAUCGGUAUUAUUUAAAAAAAAAAAAUGGAUAAUACACAAAGAGUGGAAAGGACUUGACAGAGGGACGCAUCAGAGCUAAUUCAGGCCAGCAGAAGUGACUGUUGAGUCGAUUCAAGGGUUCUUGUUUCUCCCAGUUCGCCGGAGAACUCGACCCCGCCGGACGAGGGUUGUGAAAUGUGAUCUGUGAUGUUUCCUUUUCAUUGUGUCGCACGACAAGCCGAGGGCCUGAUAAAAGUCUGUGAAGUCUCAAGCCGUUUCCUUAUUCUUAUAUCUCCCACAGUAUCUUGUAAAAGGUUUCUUAUUAACAUUAUGCAACCAAAAUAAAUGUGCAUUAAACUUGAUUAUGGUUCCAGAAUUGUUGGGAUGGUGAAUGGGGGGACGAGGAAGGCGACAAAUUGAAGCGCUAAAUUGUUCGAUCCGGGCAGUAUCAUAUCAUGAAACACCAUGUGCAAUAUUAGUAAAAAAAAAAUAAAUAAAUAAAAAAAAAAAAGAAAAGAAAUUGCUCGGUCAUGACAGCUUCAAACUAUUUUGUUUAAUUUAUUUAGUUUUGAGGUUAUAUUGUCAAGACAGGUUCUAUUUCGAAAUUCUUUUAUCAACUUAACUCUAUCCGGUCCUUAUUUAAAAAGUAUUGUUACGUUGAACUUCUGAGUGUUUAUUGAGAUUACAAAUGAAUAGAAUGUAUCUUGGAAAGUAUAAUAAAUACAAUUUUCUAUUGGUCAUAAAUCUCCUGUAUAUUGGUUAAUUUUCUCUUGUAUAAUCAUGUUGAAAUCAAGGUAUUAAAAUCAGCACCUAUUUGCACUGUGUCCCACUAUUUCUUUUAGUGCACGUCCUCUCAGCCUCUCAAGGCUGCUUUACUUUUAAGGAGAAAAAACAAAGAACUCUUCUGCCACCGAAACUGCCAACUCCUCCGUUGCCCCGCUUUGACUUUUCUCCCUCGAACAAGUUGGAUUGUGUGACAGCUCGGUGUUGGACAGAGUCCAGCUCAAGUCACAGGAUGUUCUACUCGUUCAUGUACAAACAGUGGCUGCACCCUCAGGCGCAAUAUAUGUUUGCUUAGUGUGCUUAGUGUGAUCGGUUCAAGAAAAGCUGCUGCUUGUUACACUUAAGGCUAUGAAACCAGUUGUGCAUUUGCACCGAGUUUCCUUGUUGUUUUUGGCUCAAAUCAUAAUUCAAGCAAAAAUAUUCAAGCUAAACCAAACAUUCGAAGCUUGAAACAUUCAAACAAUGUGUUGUUUUUUCUGACUCAGAUCUCCUUGUGAUGCUCCAAAAAAUGUCAGAAAGUCAGAUUUCAAAGAUGUUAUAGUACCAGUUUUCGCCCGUGUUGGUGUAGCCUUAUGCACAUCCAUUUCCUUUUGUCUCUCUCUCUGUUGAUUCCACAUCUGAACAUCCCAAAUUUGCCCGUACUUUUUGAAGGUUUUUUUCUCUUUUGGCACAGGUCUUCUUGUCUAGCAGGUAUCAUCGCUCCAUCUGUUUUUAGACACAUAUCAAACAUUCAUGCCUGCCCCACUUUAGGGUUAAAAA